AUGUCAGGUGGACGAGAUGAAACAGUUACGGUUUUUUUGGGAGACUUAUCACGUGAUGCAACUAAAGAAGAUGUUGAAAAAACAUUUAGUUAUUAUGGAAAAUUGAGAAAUGUUUGGCUUUCACGAAGUCCAUGGGGAUAUGGUUUCAUUGAUUUUGAAGAUCAACGUGAUGCAGCUGAUGCAGUUAAAGCUCUUGAUGGAAAAAUGAUUUGUGGUUCACGUGUUCGUGUUGAAUUUUCACAUGGUCGUGGUCGAUCAAAUCGAGGAGGAGGACGAAGUCGUCGAAGAUCGGGCAGUCGAUCACCUCGUUCUAGAAAACCUUUUAGUCCACAUGAUAUUUGCUACGAAUGUGGAGAUCGUGGUCAUUAUGCAUAUGAUUGUGAAAUUCGAUUAAGACGUCAACGUCGUAUGAGGUCAACAUCAAGAAGUCGUAGUCCAAGACGAAAAGGAAAUGGAAAUCCAUCACGACGUAAAGGACGAAGUCGUAGUCGUUCUGAAAGUAGUCGAUCAGGUAGUGGUCGAGGUCAUUCAAAUAGUCGUUCACGUUCUCAUUCACGAUCAUAUUCACGUUCUCGAUCGAAUAGUUCAUCUCAAUCAGAAGAACGACGAUCACAUUCAAGAACACGAUCUCGAUCUCGUAAUAGUCGAUAA